ACUUGUUAUGCCAGUAGACAGUAAUCUCGUGAAACGUAUAUAUUAUAGUUGCCACUUAUAUGCACACAGCACGACGGAGAUACCUACUUUCUAUUUUUUGUUCUUACCACUAAACGUAUUCGUAUAAUAUUAUUAUUAUAACACACAUUGAUACGUUGUUAUAAUAUAAUACGUCGCUAAGAAUCGACAAAAAUAUUAUUUUUUAUUUUAAUAUAUUUUACAAUAACUAUUUACCUAUACGAUAUACUUCCAAACGCCGCAUCAUGACGUCCUAUAAAUUGACGUAUUUCAACCUGACAGCUCGAGCCGAACAGAUCCGAUUCCUCUUGUCGUAUCUAAACAUCGAUUUUGAAGAAGUUCGAAUUGAAUUCGAACAAUGGCCAACGAUCAAAUCUACUAUGCCGUUCGGCCAAGUGCCAGUUUUGGAAAUCGAUGGAAAAGUAGUUAAUCAGUCCGUAGCCAUUUGUCGGUAUUUGGCGAAAAAAGCCGGUCUGGCUGGUGGUGACGAAUGGGAAUCAUUAUUAAUCGACAUUGCAGUCGAUAACAUUUACGAGAUAAGACAAGAGAUCAUGAAGUAUCAUCACGAACGUAACGAGGAAAUCAAAUCGAAAUUGCGUGACACUAUUGUAAAUGAUUCAAUUCCAUUCUAUUUUGACAGAUUUGAAAAGAUUGUUUCUGAAAACGGCGGUUACUUUGUAAAUGGAAAGUUGUCUUGGCCUGACUUAUACUUUGUAUCAAUUUUGGAUCACUUAAAAUCUAUAAUCAAUGUCGACCUGGUUGAUGGCCGUCCACAUCUAACAGCUCUUAAACACAAAGUUUUGGAUAUUCCUCAAAUAAAAUCAUGGAUCGCUAAACGACCAAAAAGUUUACUAUGAAAAUAUUCAUAUUAUUUUUUGUAAACGAAAAUACCUAUUAUAGGCUAUAGCAGAUAUCAAUUAUAAGUAAUUAAUUAUAAAUACUAUAAUUUGGUUACAUUUAUACGAUACUUGUCAUAUAUAUGUAUAUAUGUUCACUUUAUCUAAUUAAAAUACAUAUUCUAUUUAAUAUUUAA